AUGCCGUGGUGUCCCAUCGAGGGGACCUACCCCGGAGACAAGACCUACGUCACCGAUGGUCCCAAAGGUUUGAAGGUAUCACUCAUCAUCUGCGAUGAUGGCAACUACCCGGAAAUCUGGAGGGAUUGUGCGAUGAAGGGCGCGGAGCUCAUCGUCCGCGUGCAGGCAUACAUGUAUCCAGCCAAGGAGCAACAGGUGAUCAUGGCCAAAGCAAUGGCCUGGGCCAACAACAGCUAUGUGGCGAUCGCCAAUGCGACUGGGUUUGACGGGGUGUACUCCUUCUUCGGCCGCUCAUCGAUCAUUGGCUUCGAUGGCCGGACCUUGGGCGAGACCGGUGAAGAGGAGAAUGGCAUCCAGUAUGCCUCCCUUUCCAAGUUCCUGAUACGUGACUUCCGCAAGAACGCCCAGUCGCAAAAUCAUCUCUACAAGCUGCUGCAUCGGGGAUAUACGGCCAUGGCUAAGAGCGGCGAGUCCAACGAUGGGACUGCAGAUUGCCCCUUCGACUUCUACCGCAAGUGGGUAACAGCCCCUGGUGCAGCCCAAAGUGAUGUGGAGAGCAUCACCCGCAAGAGCCCUGGCACUGUGGAGUGUCCUAUUGAGGGUAUUCCAUUGGCCAAAAAAGCGCGCAAGUGCGUUGAUGAUGCGACAGAUGCCAGGCGUAGUUUGCUUGUCUUGCUGACAGAGGCCUCGUUAGAAUCAAAGGAGGCGGGGCCUCUGACGGACGAACUCUACGCCCAAGGCUUCUCAGCCGUGACCGUCCCCAUCGGCCCUGGCGUGAUCCUGGCGAUUGUCAUCUUGAUCGUGCUCCUUGCAGUGCACGAAGGCUUUGUCGCUGCUGGGGCAAAGCCGCUUCUUGCAAAUCACGAGAAGCCCAACAGCCUACCGUUGCAAUGCACCUUUGCGACAAAUUGGCUUCUGAUGAUGGUGACUCUUUCAAUGCUCGUGCCGGACUCUCUGGAUUACGCACUGGCCAUGGGACACUCCGCCACUGCCAGCGGAGUUUUCCUCAGUGCGCCCUUUAUUCUUGCAAUGCUUGGCACGAUUUGGGGGAGACCUCUCACAAACGAAGUGCAUUGGGAUCAACGAUUCGCCCGAUUUUUGUGUGUGGGCUGCCAGGGGUUAACAGUUGCUGGGAGCCUUACUCUGGCAUUCUUGAUGCAAGCGGCCUCCCACUGGACUGAUUCGACGAAACAAACCUCCUUCUGGUGUUUCCUGCUUGUCAGUGGCGCGAGCCAAUUCUUUAACGCUGUUCCGAUCGUGGCCUGGGCCACCAUGUGGAAUGUCGUCACCCCCAACAGCCAGAAGACGAUCUGGAGCAUGAUCACCAUCGCCUGUCGCCACUGUGGCAUGGUUGUGGGCCCCAUGGCUUUCGCAGCCCUCAGUUUUUGGGUGCGGAGGGGGCGCGACAUUUCUCCGAUCAGCAUGAUGGGCUGGUCCUACGUUGGCCUGGCUAUGUUUCAAGCUCUGGCGUUGACAACCGCGUGCCUUUGCUUGCCGACGGUGGUGUCUCCUCCAACGGAAGAUCGAAAAAGUGUGACUGAGGAUGAACCAUUGGAGCUGAGCCCGGAGGAGCUGGCACCAGAGUCGCGACAGGAGAUUGUGAGGAAUAUCAUCAUGUACUGCUAUGAGCGGCCCUUCACUGUCGCCGCCGUCGAGGUCUCCACAAUGAUGCUCUUAGAAGUGCAAUAUGGGUGGUCGAAAGAAGCCUGCGGAGCUUCCUUCGUGAUGAUCGGCGUGGCCACGGUGGCCACCACCAUCAUCUCCACCAUUCUGGUGAGCAGGAAGUGGAUCAGAGAGUCCUGGCUCUUCCUGGGAUCCGCUUUAAUCUCCCUCUCCGGCGUCUUCCUGCUCUUUGACUGGAGGCUCCUGAAUGGGGCCUUCGGGGGCUCCUCCCUUCUCUUCGCCGACUCCUUGGUCUACGCCUUCUCCGGCGUCUCCAACGGCAUCGCGCAGGGCUGGGCCGCCCGGGCGGCCAUGAAGGGCACCAAGUACGACAUCCAGACCUACCGGGUGCAGAACAUGGCUGCGGUCCAGAUCAGCCGGUUCCUGGUCCCCGUCCUCACCCGUUUCAUCGUCGAUUUCGGAGGCCGGAAUGUCUACGCCCUGGUUCAGCUACUCAUGUGCGCCAUGGGCACCUCCACAGUCUGGCGAACCGUCAGCCUGGUCUGGCGGGGCGAGGAUGGACAGAGCCAGAAGGCUGCCAAGAGUUCAGGCUGCGAUCCUGUAUGA